CGGCUGAUUUUGUUUGUUUUGGCCGUUGGUACGCGUCAGGCGCCGCGGUAACACCUGGGCACUCGAUGCCGGGAGGAUUCCACCGGGCAGCUCGUGCUCUUUCGCCCUGAAGAUGCCCGCGGUGAUCCGCGACGAGGACGAGUCUUCAUCGGAAGACGAAGACCAUCCCUGCGUGGCCUGGAGUGGCCUCAGCAAGACCAUCCCAGUUCUCUUGUUUUUCCCCGAAGCUGCUGUUGCAAAAGAUGUGAACAUCUGCUCCACUGGAGAGCGCUAUAAUAUGGCCUUCAAGAUUGUCCGCACAGAGAGUCGCCUGGUACGAGGACUACUCACCAAUCAUGGAUUCCACGAGGUUCACCCGAACAGCAACGACUUUAACCUCAUGUGGACAGGAUCUCACCUCAAGCCUUACAUACUACGCAGCCUUCAGGAUUUUCAGAAGGUCAACCACUUUCCAAGGUCGUAUGAAUUGACGCGCAAAGACCGUCUGUAUAAGAACAUCCAGCGGAUGCAGCAGACUCACGGCUUCAAAAACUUCCACAUUGUUCCUCAGACCUUUGUGCUUCCCUCCGAGUACCAGGAAUUCUGCAAUUGUUUUGCAAAGGACAAAGGACCCUGGAUCAUAAAACCAGUGGCAUCUUCAAGAGGGCGAGGCAUCUACUUGGUCAGCAAUCCGAAUCAGAUUUUAAUGGACGAGAACAUCUUGGUGUCUCGCUAUAUUAAUAACCCACUACUAAUAGACGAGUUCAAGUUCGAUGUGCGGUUGUACGUGUUAGUAACAUCGUACGAUCCGGUCCUCGUCUACGUGUAUGAGGAGGGCCUGGCCAGAUUUGCCACCGUGAAGUAUGACCAGACUUCAAAGAACAUCAAGAACACGUUCAUGCACCUCACCAACUACAGCGUGAACAAAAAGAGCAGCGAUUAUGUCAGUUGCGAUGACCCUGAAGUUGAGGAUUAUGGGAACAAGUGGAGUAUGAGUGCAGUGCUGAGGUAUUUGAAGCAGGAGGGGAAGGACACCACAUUGCUGAUGCGACAGGUGGAGGACCUGGUCAUUAAAUCGGUACUGAGUGCUGAGCUGCAGAUAGCCAACGCCUGCAGGACGUACGUUCCCCACAAAACCAACUGCUUUGAGCUGUAUGGUUUUGACGUGCUCAUUGACUCCGACCUGAAACCCUGGUUGUUAGAGGUGAACCUUUCUCCCUCCCUGGCCUGUGAUGCGCCCUUGGAUCUGAAGAUAAAGGCCAGCAUGAUUGCAGACAUGUUUUCACUCGUGGGCUUUGUGUGUCACGACCCCCUAUUGAGACCACCACGGUCUGACCGAGUCCCCCUGGACCCCAGCCUCAAGCACCCAGCAGCCCAAAGGACGCAGCGCCAGAGGCCCGCUGCAGCUAGUAACGCAGACGGGUCGAAAGACAAGCUCGACAAACAAGGACAAGGAGACAGCACGUUGAGUUUGACAGCAGAAGAGAUCAAAGUGCUCCGGAGGAUAAAGGAAGAGGACGAGAGACGGGGAGGCUUCGUCAGGAUCUUCCCCACCGCAGAAACUUGGGAGCGCUACGGUGGAUAUCUGGAGUCUAAGACUUCGAUGAACUACAUGUUGGCAAACAGACUUUUCCAUGGAAGGAAUGUCAGCGGGAAUAUGCAGCUGAGGGCGGAGGCCGUCCACGGAUGUCACGAUGUCCAGUACGAGAGGAAGCUGCUGUCCCUGGAUUCACGGAAGAGGAGACAGCGCCACCCGACCGAUCGCUCUGCUGCGGACAAGAAGAAAUCCGGGAAGGAAUCCAAGGCCUCCCUGAUGGAGAGCAGCAGUCAGGAGGGAGAGGAGUGCGCCCAGGAGGAAAGGGAGGAGGUGAAACUGCCUCGCGAGCCGGUCUCACACAGGGCUUUGGGAACGGAGCAAAGAAAACAAAUGGCCACACCGCUGGAGCGCUGCCACAGCGAGGCUCCUUUCAGCUCAGAGGCAGCCACACACAACGCCAGGCGCACAGUCGACCUGCUCAACAUCCUCCAGCAGGGCUGGGACCUCAGUAAAGUGCAGGCCCGGGUGGCCUUUUCCUCGUACCUGCUGCGAGUCCAGCAGAGACUGCUGGCCGAAAGCCGAGCAAAUACCAUCCCAGCUUGGCCAGACAGGGACAACGACCAAGUGGAGCUAGUGAUUCGCUUCCUGAGAAGAGCAGCUAGUAACCUUCAACAGGAAAUAAAGGUGGUCUUGCCCAGUCGACAGCUUUCGCUCCAAGACCGCAGACGCAUCCUGUCCCACCAGCUAGGAGAGUUUAUCCACUGUUACGACAAGGAAACUGAACAUGUGGUGAAAAGAGCCGAGAGCAGCCAAGAGGCGCAUUGUGUUAACCCCAGUGUGUUUCAGGAGUACAUCGCUGCAGCAAGAGAAAACGAUCUGGAGGAAGUACUGACAUACUACACACAGAAAAAUAAAUCUGCCACCGUCUUCCUUGGAACAAAGAAAGACGUUCAUGAAGUAAAUACCUUAAGAAACUGUAGGAACUCCAAAACUCUGCCUGUGGCCAAAGAGGAUUCCAGCGCUUCGGAGUCCUCGCUCUCCGGAGGGAAAGUCAGCAGUGACCCAGACAUCAAGACCACCGAGAGCCGCCCGCCCGUCCGCACCGGAGACGCCCGGGCGGCCGGAGGCACUGGUGGAUUCCAGCCGCGGGUCCAGGCCUCCCAGCGCCGCUCUAGCUUUCCCGUGACUUUAGAGUGCACCAACAUUCACUUGCAGCACUGCCCCGCGGCCCCGACGUCUCUGCCUCUCCACUGUCCGCCGCCGCCGCCGCCUCUUCAGCCGCCGUCCUAUGCUCAGUCCUUAGCUAAGUCUCACUUCUGCCAUCCGGAUGCGGUCUCUGACCCUCCAGCAUACACGCCUGCCCUCGUGGUCACGCAGCCCCCGAGGGCAAUGUGGACAGCCGUUCCCGCCGGCUGUAACACAACCAUCGGUAGCGGGACGCCCACGCAGGCGCUCAGGAGGAUCCAGUCCUUUACCUCAUCAACGUCCGGCUCUGGAGCGGCUUCUUCCAUGCUGAGUGCCUCGCACAUCUACAACCAGAAGCUCUGUAGACCCACCUCUGCAGGCCAAGUGAUCAGGAUGAGCAGUUCCAGUAAGCUGAAGUCCAACUCAGCCGGGAACUUUAAGGAGUUAAACUCGCUGUCAGCCCAAGCCCAGUCCAACCAGCAGGCCUUCAUCUCAGCCCUGCAGAAGCUGGCCGACAAGCAGGUCGCUCGCCACUACGCCUGCUCCAGUCACAUCAACCUGGCACAAAACCUGAACAACCUGAACCUGGCAAACAGGAUGCUGAGCAGAGAGAGCGUCUCACUGGACACCAAAGCGCGACGCACCGCCGCUGCGGCCCGAGGACCGGUGAAAGCUGUUCACUGCGGAGCAGAUCUGCGUAGCAGCAGCCACAUGCCGACGAAGCACGAGGAGGGUCUCCAGGAUGGUCGGAUGCAGAGUGCCUAUAACUUGGGGACGGGGGGGAGCCCCCUUCAGCGCCACCCGCCCACCCAAGAGAGCUACCAGCUUCAGUUUGCCAUCCAGAAACUGCAACAGCAAAGACUUCAGUCCCAACAAUUUCUGGACCAAAGCCGUCAUCACAGACACCAGGCUCAAUUCCCAGACCAGACCGACACUCCUCACGCCCAGCCUCCCAAACCCUCAUCCGGCUGCCCUCCGUCCGGCUUUCAUGUCGGGUCCAAUCCCAGUCACGGCCACAGCCACAUUCAAACCUCUGUCCGUCCUGCUCUCGCCCCGAAGCCACCCAGCAGUGCCCGAGAGGGUCGGAUCAGGAAAACGGCAACAAAGCGCCUCAUCAAGCAGACGUCCGCAGAGAGUUCAUCCAGUGGCCAGCAUGUGGUCUACGAAGCCAUCUGUGGUAAAACAGGUCUUUCUGCGUACGGCGAUCUGUUCCAGGGCCAGGAGCCUGGCCACAGAUGACAUGAAAGCGACCAGCGGCCCGUCCCGCCCCUCUGCUGGCCUGACAGGUGUCUCUGCAUGUAACCGCGUCCUCGCAGAGGUGUAUUUUGGGAAAGGACAAAAGCAACAGAUGGAAGCAUCACUAGACUAUCUAACAGGGUCCUAUCGAAUGUCCCAACGAUGCAGCCACUUGCAGGAGGACAGUCUUCCAGGCCAGGAACCCCCCCCCGGCUGUGAUGCAGGUUGGGGUUUUAUUUGCUCAGCUCAACAUUGGUUUUGCCUUUUCAGCUCCUCCUCGACCUCCCCUCGCUCCCUCUGGCUACUCUCACACGUCCCUGCAGUUGUCCGCCCUCAUUCUCUCCAUGCCACGAUACCGCCGGAGAUUUCACUGACAGAUAGCCUUCAGCAGCUGGUUCGUCAAUGCCCCGGUUGGCAUUUGAUUCAACCUUUAGGUGUUUGCUCAUGCAGCAGCAUGUGCGCAGCCAGCCGCUCGGGGAGAUUUUAUCUUCCUGAAAAGUUCAACAAACAGACAAGCACGCAAGAGAAGCUUCUAUGAUGAGAGGACUCGGACAGUCCAGCUCCAGGUCCUCGUUCGGAGACAAGUUGUUUCCAAUCGUACACGUUGUGUCCAAGGAUGUGGUUAGUUAUAGCAUCCUCGAUACGAUUGGCUCCUGCCUCGUUCCCUGUUCACGGGGAUGGUUAAGUUGUAGAUCAAAAUUAGAAUACAGUUGGAUGUGAUUCCAACUGUGAUUAUUCCUCUCAAUUGUUGGGAUGUCGAUGUUGUUUUCUUUGGAUGGACCAAAUUUAAUAUUGUUUUGUAGACUAAAAAAGUGUCCAUUGCGUCAGUAAUUAUUUACUGUAAAUGAUCAACCAAACAGCCUUUUUGUCCAUUUCUGUAGCUCGAGGCAUCAAGACACACACAGCAUUGACUACGAUGAAGGUUAAUAUUGCUCUCAGAGGCCGAUGCUCAUGUGGACAUUCUGUUGAUUGUGACCGUUUAGCGAGUUAACUCAGGGUGUGUUGAUAGAAUAAAAGCAUUUGUGUUGUAUAUCAAAGGAUUCUGAAUAUUUGUGAUGACUUUGAGCGUGAUACUUGAAUGUCAUGCAUGUUUUUGUCAUAUCAACUGGUGAUUAUCAUCAUAGUGCUUUUGUACAGUAGUUUUUAAUGCAGUAACACAGAACUGUUUUAAUUAAAUUGUAUUGUUUUUUUGGUGAUGAUGUUAAACUCAAUCUGGUCGAUUUGCUACUUAAUGCCAGUGCACGAUGUAUCCAACAGCAGAGUCAAAAUCAAUGCGUAUGGUCUUCUGUGGUGAUACAAACUUGUUUACAGUCAGAUCGUUUACUCUGUUUUGUCACUGAUUGUGUACAACACACAUGCAUGGAAUUGUACUAUUUUUGGAAUCAUCGGUAUUGAACAACGUUAAAAUGAAUACGUAGAUAACAUCAAA